AUGAGUGCCGUCUGUACACAGCUGCUGAGGAGUGUGCGGCCGCCACUGUGCAGGGAGGCGGAGCUGGAGGAGGCGGCGUCCUCCGGAGGGCGGCUGUGGGUGGCAGAGGGUGAACUGCGGCGUCUGCAGCGCGCCAGGCUGUCCCUCCACCGCGUCGCCCGACUCUGCGGACAGCACUUUGGACUCGCGCUGCUGCUGUCUGUGCUCAAGAGCUUGGUUCGUAUGGUGCUAAUGACCUACUUUCUCGUGCUGCUUCUGAGGUGGUACAAGUUUGUCCAGAAGGAGUCGCUUGUCGUCGUAUAUGUGACAUGUGUGGAGCUGGUGUUUGCGGCAGGCAGCCUUCUCGCCAUGUGCUGGGUUUGCUCCUCUGCGUCUGCCCGUGCUGCCACAGCAGGCAGGCUGAUGGAUUUGAUUCUGGCUAUACGACCUCGUUCUUCGGCGCCAGGUGUUCUCCAACUGUCAGUGGAGAAGCUCGCUUUUUCUGCUGCCGGCUUCUUCGACAUAGAUCUGCACUUGUUUGCGGCCGUGAUUGGCACUGUCGUAACUUACAUUGUGAUUCUUGCACAGUUUUUUGUAUAA